AACAUGAAUCUUACAGCUAACUUCAGCAGCUUCUUCAGUUUUGCUUUCGUUUUUUCAUUUUUACAUUGCAAUGAAGACAGUAGCUCAAGUUAUCAUUCUCCUCUUUUUCAUUAAAUUUGCUUUGGUGAAUGGAGUCACCAAUACCAAGGUUGGAAGAAAGUAAUGCACAAGAGUAUUUUGGAGUUAGAAGUUCCCCUUCAUGUUUGAACAACUAUACAUUAAUCAACUUAAUCAAUUCUAAUUAUUAGAUGUCAAUUUAGUAAUGUUAUUGGUAAAUUUGCAGCAUUACAUAGUUUACAUGGGAGAACACUCUCACCCCAGCUCAGAAUCUGUCACCACUGCUAACCACCACUUGCUUGCUUCAGUUACUGGAAGUUUACAUGAAGCAGAAAAAGUGGCACUUCAUCAUUACUCUAAAAGCUUUAGAGGUUUUUCAGCAAUGCUUACACCACAACAAGCUCAACAACUUGCCGAAAAGGAUGCAGUUGUUUCUGUAUUCGAGAGUCGAAUGAAUCCGAUCCACACCACACAUUCGUGGGACUUUCUAGAAAUAGAUUCCAUUAACCAGUAUAAUCAAUUACCAAUGAACUUGAAGUCUGACAUUGUUGUUGGUGUCAUCGACUCUGGAGUUUGGCCUGAGUCGGAGAGCUUCAAUGAUGAAGGACUAGGUCCUGUGCCUGAGAAAUUCAAGGGAGAAUGUGUGACGGGAGACAGUUUUACAUUAAGCAACUGCAACAGGAAAAUCAUAGGCGCACGGUUCUAUUCCAAAGGGUAUGAAGCAGAAAAUGGUCCUCUUGAAUCUUCCAACCACAUCUUUUUCCGCUCACCUCGAGACAGUGAUGGGCAUGGAACACACACUGCCUCAACCAUAGCUGGAUCGAUUGUAGAAAAUGUCAGUUUAUUCGGUAUGGCCGGAGGAACUGCAAGAGGAGGAGCACCGAAUGCAAGACUGGCCAUCUACAAGGCUUGUUGGUUUAACCUAUGUAGUGAUGCUGAUGUUCUCUCUGCCUUGGAUGAUGCAAUUAAUGACGGUGUUGAUAUCCUAUCCCUUUCCCUUGGUCCUAAACCUCCCCAACCUAGCUUCUUUGAACAUCCAGUAACUGUCGGUGGUUUCCAUGCAUUCCGGAAUGGAAUUCUCAUUUCUGCUUCGGCAGGAAACUUUUUUUUCCCUGGGACUGCAACCAAUGUUGCUCCCUGGAUUCUCACUGUUGCCGCAAGCUCCAUGGACAGGCAAUUUAACACUGAUAUACAUCUUGGAAAUUCAAAGGUUUUGCAGGGCUUCUCUUUAAAUCCUCUGCAAAUGGACAAUUUUUAUGGUUUAAUAGCUGGGAGUGCUGCAGCUGCCCCGGGAGUUCCAGCGGCGAAUGCAAGCUUGUGCAAGAACAAUACGCUAGACCCAACCUUAGUCAAUGGAAGAAUAGUGGUGUGCACAUUGGAGGCGGUUACUGAUAAUAGAAGAGAAAAGGCCGCAUUUGUAAGACAAGCUGGUGGCGUUGGAAUGAUACUCAUUGAUCCAUUGGUCAAAGAUGUUGGCUUUCAGUUUGUAAUCCCAGGCACCCAAGUUGAUCAAGAAAAUGCACUGGAACUUCAAGCUUAUAUGACUACGGAGAAAAAUCCUAGAGCCAGAAUCUUUCCAACACAGACAGUUUUGAAGACCAAACCAGCACCAAAAGUUGCUGUGUUUUCGUCAAGGGGACCAAAUAUUAUUACACCAGAAAUCAUUAAACCUGAUGUUACUGCACCUGGAGUGAAUAUCUUGGCUGCAUGGUCUCCAGUAUCAACUGAAGCCACAGGUGAACGAUCUGUAAAUUACAAUAUAAUCUCUGGGACCUCCAUGUCCUGUCCGCAUGUUUCUGCUGUUGCAGCAAUUAUAAAAUCAUACCGACCUUCUUGGAGCCCAGCAGCCAUAAUGUCCGCAAUAAUGACGACAGCUACAGUGUUAGAUAACAACAACCAACUAAUUCAAAGAGAUCCAAAUGGCACUGAGGCAACACCUUUUGACUAUGGAUCAGGACACAUAAACCCAUUGGCUGCUAUAAAUCCUGGAUUAAUCUAUGACUUUGACGCCCAUGACAUUGUCAAUUUUCUCUGCAGCACAGGUGCAAGCCCUGCACAACUGAAAAAUCUCAUAGGAGCGAUGACUAAUUGCCAAAAUCCUCCCACACCCUCCCACAAUUUGAACUACCCCUCAAUAGGUGUUUUGGCCAUGAAUGGAAGUUUAUCCAUUCAUCGAAUAGUUACAUAUUUUGGUGAAGGCCCAACAGUUUAUGUUGCACAAAUAAAUCACCCAACUGGUGUAAACGUUAGUGUUACACCUGCUAAAUUGAAGUUCACAACAACUGGGGAGAAAAAGUCUUUCAGGAUUGAUUUCAUACCUUUCAAGAAAACUGAUGGAAGUUUUGUGUUUGUUAUCAGUCUCCUCUUUUUCAUUGAGUUUGCUGUGGUGCAUGGAGCCACCAAUACCAAGCAUUACAUAGUUUACAUGGGGCACUCUUACCCCAACUCAGAAUCUGUCACCACUGCUAACCACCACUUGCUUGCUUCAGUUACUGGAAGUUUACAUGAAGCAGAAAAAGUGACACUUCAUCAUUACUCUAAAAGCUUUAGAGGUUUCUCAGCAAUGCUUACACCACAACAAGCUCAACAAAUUGCAGAAAAAGAUGCAGUUGUAUCUGUAUUCGAGAGUCAAAUGAAUCCAAUCCAAACCACACAUUCAUGGGACUUUCUAGGAAUAGAUUCUGCUAACCAGUAUAAUCCUAUAAGCUUGAAAUCUGACGUUGUUGUUGGUGUCAUUGACACUGGAGUUUGGCCUGAGUCGGAGAGCUUCAAUGAUGAAGGACUAGGUCCCGUGCCUGAGAAAUUCAAGGGAGAAUGCGUACCUGGAGAAAAUUUUACAUUGAGCAACUGCAACAGGAAAAUCAUAGGUGCACGGUUCUAUUCGAAAGGGUAUGAAGCAAAACAUGGUCCUCUUGAAUCUUUCAACAGCAUCUUUUUCCGCUCACCUCGAGACAGUGAUGGGCAUGGAACACACACUGCCUCAAUUAUAGCUGGAUCUAUUGUCGAAAAUGUCAGUUUAUUCGGUUUGGGCCAAGGAAUUGCAAGAGGAGGAGCACCAAAUGCAAGACUGGCCAUCUACAAGGCUUGUUGGUUUACCACAUGUAAUGGUGCUGAUAUUCUCUCUGCCAUGGAUGAUGCUAUCAAUGAUGGUGUUGAUAUCCUAUCACUUUCCAUUGCUCCUCUUCCUCCCCAACCUAGUUUCUUUAAUGAACCAAUAGCAGUCGGAGCUUUCCAUGCCUUCCGGAAAGGAAUUCUCGUUUCUGCUGGAGUGGGAAACUCUUUUUUCCCUGGGACUGCAACCAAUGUUGCUCCCUGGAUUCUCACUGUUGCCGCAAGCUCCGUGGACAGGCAAUUUAACACUGAUAUACGUCUUGGAAAUUCAAAAGUUUUGAAGGGCUUUUCUAUAAAUCCGCUGCAUAUGGGAGAUUUUCAUGGUUUAAUAGCUGGAAGUGCUGCAGCUGCCCCGGGAGUUCCAGCGGCAAAUGCAAGCUUUUGCCAGAACAAUACACUAGAACCAACCUUAGUCAAGGGGAGAAUAGUGGUGUGCACAUUGGAGGAGGCUAUUGUUAAAAGAAGAGAAAAGGCCACAUUUGUAAGCCAAGCUGGUGGAGUUGGCAUGAUACUCAUUGAUCCAUUUCUCAAAGAUGUUGGUUAUCAGUUUGUAAUCCCAGGCACCCUCAUUGGUCCAGAAACAGCACUGGAACUUCAAGCAUAUAUGACUACGGAAAAAAAUGCAAUAGCCAGAAUCUCUCGAACACAGACAGUUCUGAAGACCAAACCUGCACCAAAAGUUGUUGGGUUUUCCUCGAGGGGACCAAAUAUUAUUACACCAGAUAUCAUUAAACCUGAUGUUACUGCACCUGGAGUGAAUAUCUUGGCUGCAUGGUCUCCAGUAUCAACUGAAGCCACAGGUGAACGAUCUGUAAAUUACAAUAUAAUCUCUGGGACCUCCAUGUCCUGUCCGCAUGUUUCUGCUGUUGCAGCAAUUAUAAAAUCAUACCGACCUUCUUGGAGCCCAGCAGCCAUAAUGUCUGCAAUAAUGACGACAGCUACAGUGUUAGAUAACAAUAACCAACUAAUUGGAAGAGAUCCAAAUGGUACCGAGGCAACACCUUUUGACUAUGGAUCAGGACACAUAAACCCCUUGGCUGCUAUAAAUCCUGGAUUAAUCUAUGACUUUGACUCCCGUGACAUUAUCAAUUUUCUCUGCAGCACAGGCGCAAGCCCUGUACAACUGAAAAAUCUCACAGGAGAGAUAAUUCAUUGCCAAAGUACUCCCACACCCUCCUACAAUUUGAACUACCCCUCAAUAGGUGUUUCCACCAUGAAUAGAAGCUUAUCCAUUCAUCGAAUAGUUACAUAUUUUGGUGAAGGCCCAACAGUUUAUGUUGCACAAAUAAAUCAACCGACUGCUGUAAACGUUUGUGUUACACCUGCUAAACUGAAGUUCACAACAACUGGGGAGAAAAAGUCUUUCAGGAUUGAUUUCAUACCUUUCAAGAAAACUUAUGGAAGUUUUGUGUUUGGUGAUUUGACAUGGAGCAAUGGCAUCCAUAAAGUCAGAAGUCCUAUUGCUUUGAAUGUGCUUUCCCUCUAG